AUGCAACUCUCGAGCAUCUUGGUCUUGGCAGCUGCCUUUAUGCCUUUCGCCACUGCAGAUGAUUGCGUGCCGCGAACCACGCCUUGUUCUCCAAUUGAAGUCUGCCAGAGUAUGACUGGCCUCAAUGUAUGUGGCACAACAGAACAUGCUAGCCAAUGCUCUACAAUGGUUGUUCCUGACGACGAUUCUGGAUCUGUUUCGUGUCAGUGCUGUAAGGGCUAG